GGCGCGCCGCCAGCGCAGACAUGGCCAAGUGGGGCCAGGGGGACCCGCGCUGGAUCGUGGAGGAGCGGGAGGACGGGACCAACGUGAACAACUGGCACUGGACAGAGCGGGAUGCCACCCGCUGGUCCAAGGGGAAGCUCCCUGACCUCCUGGUGGGCAUCGUCGUGGAGAACGAGGCUGGCCGCGUUGAGAUCAGUGAGCUGAAGCAGGUGGAAGGUGAGGCUUCUUGCAGCAGCCACAAAGGAAAGCUGAUUUUCUUCUAUGAGUGGAACAUCAGGCUGAGCUGGAAAGGUGUAAUUAAAGAAUCUGGCGCAAAGCACAAGGGAUUGAUUGAAAUACUCAACCUUUCUGAAGAAAAUGAAGUAGAUGACACUGAGGUGAAUGUGAGUAAAAAGGUGGAUAUACUGAAGGAUCUUAUGAAAACUGCAGGCACCGCCAAGGUCAGGGAGGCCCUUGGAGAUUACCUGAAGGCACUUAGGACGGAAUUUACAGUGGGAAUGAUCUUACCAACGAAAGCCAUGGCAACCCAGACACCGACAGUUGAAAGGAAACUGAGUGAGAACACCUUGCAGGCUUCAUCUCCAAUGGGGUUGGGGGUAAGGAUCCCCACCAUGGCACUGCACAUGACGGAACUCUUCAACGCCACUACAGAGCAACUGUACAGCGUCUUCACUGUGAAAGAUUUGGUGCAAAAAUUUUCUAAAUCUCCUGCUGUAUUAGAAGCUGAAAAGGGAGGGAAAUUCCUAAUGUUUGAUGGGAACAUCACUGGUGAAUAUAUAGAAUUGGUAAUUGACAAAAAGAUCAUGAAAUGGAGAUGUAGGAACUGGCCAGAAGAACACUAUGCAACAGUUGCACUGAGUUUUGUGCCUACUCCAGGGCAAACUGAAUUGCAGUUAGACUGUACAGGAGUUCCUGUCUGUAAAGAAGAGAGCAUGAAAUUCUGUUGGCAGAAGCAGCAUUUUGAAGAAAUAAAAGGUUUACUACAGCUGACCCAACCCUAA